CACUUGUACUGGACAUGUGUUAAUAGCUUUGACGGUUGUGGUGAUACUUGUGAUUUGUGACUGUGUUGUGAUGUUGUUGGGAGUGAUGCCCGAAGAUAACGUCCCUGCGGGACUCCUCGCGCCCACGGCGAAGAGCCAAAGGGCGACGGACUUUUCUAUCGCGGCUAUUAUGGCUAGAGGCGCCUCCCCGCCGGACAGUGAGAGUUUUCUGGCCCGGGAAAUGCAGAGCGACGGUCGUCUAUCUCGCUCGACAUGCCCCGACCUGGACGAACCGCUAGAAGACGACGACGUAGAAGUCGACGUUGAAGAAUGCUCUGACAGCGAGUCCUCGCGUCAAACGAAACCGAAGCUACGGCGAGACAGCCCCGCGAUAUCCGAUUGUUGUUCCGAAACGGUGGAUUUCGAUCGGGAUUCGCCGGAAAUUGUACCAGAAAAAGUGACAACCCCGAAAACGCAGAAGAUACUCUGCAACUGCGAAGAACUGCUGAACGUCGAGUGCCACUUGGAGACCAAGGACCUUUGGGACAAGUUCCACGAUCUGGGGACAGAGAUGAUCAUCACAAAAACCGGAAGGAGGAUGUUUCCGACCCUGAGGGUGUCUUUCACCGGCAUUCGCAGCGAUCAAAGAUACGCCGUACUCUUAGAUGUGGUACCUGUCGACAAUAAACGCUACAGGUACGCCUACCAUCGAUCAUCCUGGCUGGUUGCAGGAAAAGCAGAUCCUCCUGCUCCCAACAGACUCUACGCUCAUCCAGACUCGCCUUACUCAGGAGAACAGCUGAGGAAGCAGGUAGUGUCCUUCGAGAAGGUCAAGCUCACCAACAACGAGAUGGAUAAGAAUGGUCAGAUCGUCCUGAACUCAAUGCACAGAUACCAACCGAGAAUCCAUCUGGUGAAGUGGAAAGAGCACUCCGGCCCUAUAACCGACCUGGAACAAGAGCAAUACCGAACCUUCAUUUUUCCAGAGACCGUUUUCACGGCAGUUACUGCCUAUCAAAAUCAGCUCAUCACCAAACUGAAAAUCGAUUCGAACCCCUUCGCAAAAGGCUUCAGGGAUUCUUCGCGACUCACCGACUUUGACAGGGAACCCAUGGAUGGCCUUUUCAUGGACCAACACUUCCUUCGAUCCUCCCUUCGCCUGUACUCUGGAGACCCUCUGGACGCAGAGAAUAACAACGCUAACUCCUUUUUCUCGUCGGCGAUGGUAGAAAAAGCUAGAGCCCAGAUCCAGAUGUGGGGUCGUGCGGGGGCGGUGUACAACCCCAGCGAGCUGCACGCUUUCCUCCUCAACACCACAUCCCCCAGUCAGCAAGUGUACCUGGGACAACGACAUUCGAUGCCCUUGGGCAUUCCUGGCCAGCUGUGGCCCCAGAGCGGAUCCUCGUGGCCGUCCAGCAUCCACGCAGGUCUGCCUCCCGGUCUGCUGGGGCCUCCCAAUGCCCACAGACACCAGCUCACUCCCCCGCCGUCUUCUACCCCCAGUUCUUCGGGCUCCCCCUCCCCCACGUCGAUCAGCACUUCCUCCGACCUGAGGCUGCCUAAGGCAAUGUUUCCUUCGGCUUUGCAUCACCGGUUUAGCCCCUAUGCUUCAGGGCGGCCGACGGGCUCGUCUGUUAGCCCCACUUCGAGGGGUAAUCAUUGAUGGGGAGUCAUGAAAGGCGGUAUUGCCGUCUUGAGUAACCAAAGAGUCGCACGAGACGUUAAAGUAAUUUUCUUGUAAAUAUAUAUUUAUGGUUGGAGUAAGUUAUUGACAGGGGAGGGGGGGUACUAUGUAUUUGUAUGUACUUGUAAUUAAUAGAAUUUUGUACGAGAGCAGUAUUAUCGGGAUUGUAAAUAUUCAUUAUCGGUGUUUCAUGGUUCUCAAGUACGAGAACUAGCGAUGUUCCUUUUUCAAUAGUUGAAAUGUAAUUAUAGAUAACAGAUUACGAUAGAUUUACUGGAAAAGUGAAGAAUGUAAUAUAUAACUGGUUUUGUUUUUCGUAACCGAAUUAAUGGUAUAGUCAUCACAAAUUCCAUAUAACAAUAAUUGAUUGGCAACAUGAAAAUUUUUGGAAAACUAGGUCAAGUACCCACUUUAUAAAAUAUUUAAAUGGUGUCACAAGAUGUAUUUGUGGAAAUCGUAAAGAAACUCAUUGAAUUUUUUUGUGAUUUCUUGGAUUUUUUGCAUAAAAUCUAUAAAAUGAAGACAUCUCAAAAAUGUUUAUAUGUAAAAAUCAUAAAUU